UAUGAAGCCAACGAUUAUUGUACUGGCGGUCCUUGGGCUGAUGCGCUGCACGGAGGCGAGGCUAACCUUAGCCGAAGUGCAGGCAGCGGAAUGGGAAGCCUACAAAGCGGAGUUCAACAAGACGUACGACGAGGAGCAGGAUCCGCUUCGUAGGCAGGUAUUUGAGGACAAUAAGCAAAUUAUUGAUGAGCACAACGCGCGCUUUGCCCAAGGCAAGGAAACCUACGAGAUGGGCGUCAAUCAGUUCACCGACUUCCUUGAAGACGAGUUCAAUGGGAAUAUUAAUGGAAUGCUCAGUGACGACAUUGCGAACUUGGGCCUAUUCCAUGGAGUCAGCGUCCAUUUGGAUGACAAUGAUGUACACGAGACUGAGACUGAGCUUGAGACUGAUAACGAUCACGUUGACUGGCGUAAACUGGGUGCAGUCACGCCCGUGCAGCAUCAGGGACAUUUUAACAACUCGUGGGCUUUCGCUGCCGCCGGUGCAGUUGAGAGUCGAGAAUAUUUGGUGACUGGCAAGCUGGUGCCGCUUUCGAAGCAGAACCUGGUCGACUGCUGUCGCAGCAAGCACCGCCGAACGCUAAGUGCGCUAAAAUGCAUCAAGAAGAUGGGUGGCAUCGAUACGGAGGCAUCCUAUCAUUAUCGAGGAAAGGCUCAUCGCUGUCACUAUAAAAAAAAGCAUGCUGGCGCCGUUGUCAGCAAAAUCUACCAGAGCCGACCAGGCGACGAGAACUCGCUGGCUCACAAUGUCGCCAAGGGUCCGGUUGCUGCCGUCAUAUCUCGGGAAGCGCUACGUUUCUACAGACGUGGCGUCUUCCACAACCCGCGAUGUGGCCAAACGCCGGACUAUGCAGUGCUCGUGGUGGGCUAUGGCUAUGGCGAAAAUUCCGGAGACUAUUGGAUACUCAAGACCUCACUGGGAACCGCUUGGGGAGAACAGGGCUAUCUACGACUGGCACGCAAUCGACAGAAUCUCUGCGGAAUUUCGAACAGGGCAUACUUUCCCAUUGUUUCUAAAUAAGUAAAUAAUUCAGUUUUAAUAUUUGGGAAACUUUUUUAUACCAAAACUAGGUGAAGAAUAUUAAUUAAUAAAAAAUUGAUAUUGUC